UAAUCCGGAGCCAAAGGUUGAGCGGCGAUAAGGAUGCACUUCGAGGGCGACCCCGCCCGCCCGCAGACCCAGCCAGCCUGCAGCUAGCGCUCGCAUCGGAGUGACACUGGGGCAGCCCACAAAGGCCCGCUGAUAAGAAGUGCGCGAGGGGCGAGAACAAGUUGAAAGCUAAAUAGGCCAGAGGGGCUCUCCAAGCGCUCAGUUGGCAAGCGACCGCGGAUCACAACAGACGUUCGGGCAAACAGAUGAAUGAAAGCGGGCGAGAAACGGGUUAGGAAGCGUUCACGUUAGCACUCAACGGUCAGCGAUCUUUGGCAUCUUCGCCAUCUCCACCGCCGUCUGCAAUCCCCACGGAGGCCUCCGCUCAGCGGCGUUUUAGGCAUCGGCAGCCGAGUCCGAAGCACUCGAGUCUCAAGGGCACGCACUGCCCUGUAUCUGAUUCACCGCACGGGGCAUCUCUACCAUAAUCACCUGCAAAACAGGAUGGCCCCACCCACGGUUCUGGUCACCGGAGGAGCCGGCUACAUCGGCUCCCACACGGUGCUGGAGAUGCUCAACGCGGGCUACAACGUCAUCUGCGUGGACAACCUGUGCAACGCCUACAGCAGCGGCGCCAAGCUGCCGGAGGCCUUGAGCCGGGUGCAGGAGAUCACCGGCAAGAAGGUCAACUUCUACCGCGUGGACAUCACGGACCGGGAGCAAGUGCGCUCCGUCUUCCAGGAGCACAAAAUCGACAUGGUGGCCCACUUUGCCGCCCUGAAGGCCGUUGGCGAGUCCUGCCGCAUCCCCCUGCAGUACUACCACAACAACAUGACCGGCACCAACGUCCUGCUGGAGGCGAUGGCCGACAACAACGUGUUCAAGUUCGUGUACAGCUCCAGUGCCACCGUCUACGGCGAGCCCAAGUUCCUGCCCGUGACCGAGGAGCACCCCACGGGCAACUGCACAUCGCCGUACGGCAAGACCAAAUACUUCACGGAGGAGAUUCUCAAGGAUCUGUGCAAGUCAGACAAGCGUUGGGCCGUGGUCUCGCUGCGCUACUUCAAUCCGGUGGGCGCCCACAUCAGCGGGCGUAUUGGCGAGGAUCCCAACGGCGAGCCCAACAACCUGAUGCCCUACAUCGCCCAGGUGGCCGUGGGACGACGUCCCAGCCUGAGCGUUUACGGCAGCGACUUUCCCACGCACGACGGCACCGGAGUGCGCGACUACAUCCACAUCGUGGACCUGGCCGAGGGACAUGUGCAGGCGCUGGACAAGCUGCGCAACAUCGCGGAGACGGGCUUCUUCGCCUACAACUUGGGCACCGGCGUGGGCUACUCGGUGCUGGACAUGGUGAAGGCGUUCGAGAAGGCCUCCGGCAAGAAGGUCAACUACACGCUGGUGGACCGACGCUCCGGGGACGUGGCCACCUGCUACGCGGACGCCACGCUGGCGGAGCAGAAGCUGGGCUGGAAGGCCUCGCGGGGCAUCGACAAGAUGUGCGAGGACACGUGGCGCUGGCAGAGCCAAAACCCCAACGGAUAUGCCAACAAGUAGAGCAGUCCCCGUUCCUGCCCCUCUGCAAGUUCCUGAUUGUGGCUCAGGUAGCAAUUUCUAUUUGCCUCUAGUUGUGUAUAUUUCCUUCCAAAUUUCGUCUAUUAUCCCCUCCUUCGAUGUGUGCAAGUGUGUGUAUGAAACCCAAAGUACUUUGUAAUUAAAAAGGCUUUUCGCUGUUGUCAUGUAA